UUUUCAAAAUUUGUUUUCCAAAAUAUAACAUUCAAUGCACUUUCGUACGCUUUUUCAAACGGAGAUUUCGUGGAUUGCCGGACGACUAUCUCCGGCCUCAUCCCACGAACUGCCGAAUCAUGCCCACAAGGCGAUUAUAUCAAGCUACCAGUUUAUUGGGUGACUUUUAGCUAUCACAAGAUACUAUGUCCAUCGCAAAGAGACACAUAUGACAGCCAUAUUCAACUUAAGAAAGAUCGAAACCCCCUCUUAUGUUAGAUAAAUCAAAUCCGUAAUUGCAUUGUAAUUGUAUUUUUAUACUGAUUUUGAUGUUAUUUACAGGUGGGGGUGUUUCAUUAUAUUGAUUUUGACCUCUUCCAGUUAUGAGGAUGGAGCUGUGAUUUGUAGCAAUAAAUAAGAAGGGUUCAAGCAUGUGCAGACCAGCUGUUUGAUAAAAUGCCAACAAUGGACAAUCUUUUCACAGUGUUCUUGUUGCUAUCGUCUAAGGCAUUUCUUUGGAGGGUUUGCCAUGCUUCAUCUCACUCUUCUCUUAUACGUAACGAUCUUGGCGGCCGUUCCAUUGACGAACAACCGUUAGCCAAGAUCGCGAUUUACAAAGCGGUUAUUCUUCUCCAUGAAUCAGCAUCCAUUCAGGCUGACCCUCUUCUUCUUGGUUUGGAGGGUGAGGAUACUUCAUGGGUCAAUGUUGAGCUCAAGUACCCAGAACCAUCUGAGAAUGAUUGGGUUGGAGUUUUCUCACCAGCAAAGUUCAAGUAUUGUUCAUUUAUUCGAUACCUGCAUUCCUUUGCAUCAUUUAUGUCUGCCUGUAAAAAUGUUAUUUUUUCUUUUUCUGGUUAACUUUGAAUAUGGUAGUGCAUCGGAUUGCUACUCUGAAUCCGGCGAAUGGCCAGAGGCUCCUUACAUAUGCACAGCCCCGAUAAAGUACAUGUUUGCAAACCACUCCAAUUCCAAUUACGUAAAGACAGGAAAUGCUACACUGAGAUUCCAGAUUAUCAAUCAGCGAGCAGAUUUCUCCUUUGCAUUAUUUACUGGUGGCGUGGAAAGUCCGAAAUUAGUGGCUAUUUCAGAUCCUAUAUCAUUCGUGAACCCUAAGGCUCCCCUUUAUCCACGCCUUGCUCAAGGGAAGGCUUGGGAUGAGAUGACGGUAACCUGGACGAGUGGCUACAACAUUGAUGAAGCCGUUCCAUUUGUCGAGUGGGGUUGGAAAGGUCAUAGCCCAAAGCUUUCUCCAGCCGGAACUUUGACGUUCACUCGUGGCAGCAUGUGUGGUCCACCUGCACGUACUGUUGGAUGGCGUGAUCCUGGUUUUAUACAUACUAGCUUCUUAAAGGAAUUGUGGCCAAACACUAUGUAUAAUUAUAGGAUUGGCCAUAUGUUGUUGAAUGGAUCGAUCGUUUGGAGUAAAAUGUAUUCAUUCAAAUCAUCCCCAUAUCCAGGACAAGAUUCGUUGCAGCGUGUUAUUAUUUUUGGAGACAUGGGGAAGGCAGAACGGGAUGGCUCAAAUGAGUAUGCUAGUUAUCAGCCUGGAUCACUCAUCACCACAGACCAACUAAUUGGUGACCUUGAUAACUAUGACAUAGUUUUCCAUAUAGGAGAUCUACCAUAUGCAAAUGGAUUUAUCUCACAGUGGGACCAGUUCACAGCACAAGUCGAACCCAUUGCAUCAGCUAAGCCUUACAUGGUUGCAAGUGGCAACCAUGAACGAUCUUGGCCUAAUUCUGGAUCCUUCUAUGACACCACAGACUCAGGUGGGGAGUGUGGUGUGCCUGCUGAGACCAUGUACUAUGUUCCUGCAGAGAACCGGGCAAAAUUUUGGUAUUCAACCGAUUAUGGCAUGUUUCACUUUUGCAUAGCGGAUUCAGAACAUGAUUGGAGGGAGGGUUCAGAACAAUAUGCAUGGAUAGAGAUGUGUUUGGCAUCAGUCGACCGGCAAAAACAGCCAUGGCUCAUCUUCUCUGCUCAUCGUGUGCUCGGCUAUUCUUCCAACAGUUGGUAUGCCAUGGAGGGUUCGUUUGAAGAGCCCAUGGGAAGGGAACAUUUGCAGAAGCUAUGGCAGAAAUACAAAGUGGACAUUGCGUUCUAUGGACAUGUCCAUAACUAUGAAAGGACCUGCCCUAUAUACCAGAACAAAUGUGUGAAGCAAGAAAGAUAUAGUUAUUCUGGCACCGUAAAUGGGACAAUCCAUGUUGUUGUUGGUGGAGGAGGGAGUCAUUUGUCGGAUUUUACAGAGAUUAAUACCGUUUGGAGUUUGCAUAAAGAUCAUGAUUGGGGGUUUGUCAAACUUACGGCGUUUAACCACUCUUCACUUCUUUUCGAGUACAAGAAGAGCAGGGAUGGAGUGGUUUACGAUAACUUUACGAUCUCGAGAGACUAUAAGGAUGUGUUGGCAUGUGUACAUGAUGGGUGUGAACCUACCACUUUGGCAACUUAA